AUUUCUACUCUAACAGCGUAGCCCUGCGUGGUUGGUCGGUAGGGUCAAGGGGAAGAAGGCAGGCGGGGAGGCGGAGCGCAUUUCUGCCAGCCUCAGGAUGACCCUGGGGGCCCGUGUUUCAGCCGUGGGGCUGAGGGCGUAAAAGUUCCCGGGGGAAGGCCAGGGGAGAGGUUUCCCCUGUCCCAAGCAGAUCUGGAUGGGGGGGCCCUUGUCACCAUGGAAGGGGUACUAUACAAGUGGACCAACUAUCUGAGCGGCUGGCAGCCUCGAUGGUUCCUUCUUGCAGGAGGUGUGUUAUCCUAUUAUGACUCAAGGGAAGAUGCUUGGAAGGGCUGUAAGGGAAGCAUCCAGAUGGCAGUAUGUGAAAUUCAAGUUCAUUCUACAGAUAAUCUGCGAAUGGAUUUGAUUAUCCCUGGAGAACAAUAUUUCUAUCUGAAAGCCAGAAAUGCAGCUGAGCGACAAAAGUGGUUGGUUGCCUUAGGAACUGCCAAGGCUUGCUUGACAGAUAUCCGGACACUUAAAGAAAAAGAAUUUACAGAAAAUAUUGAAGCACUGAAAACUAAAAUGGCAGAACUUCGGCUAUAUUGUGACCUCCUCGUGCAGCAAGUGGAUAAAGCAAAGGGAACUGGCCUGGCCACCGCAUCAGCAGCUGAGAAUAGAAUUGAUAUGGGAGCACUCUUGAAGUCCACCUGUACAACGUUCUUAAAGACUCUCGAAGAAUGUAUGCAGAUUGCAAAUGCAGCCUUCUCUUCUGAGUUGCUUUACCAAACACCAUCUGGAUCUCCUCUUUCAGCUCUUCGCAAAUUAAACAAGCUAAAACUUCCAAAUAUAUUUAGUCGUGGUAUAGCAGAAAGGCAGAUGGAACUAAAGAAUUGUGAAAAUGGAACAAUAUAUCCCAACACCAACCUUCCUGAGCGAGCCUUGAUUAAUAGUAUGAUCCCCGAUCCCCUGAAAAAGGAUACAAUGGGCAGUGGAAAAAUAAGUGCAGGUGGUAUAACAGAAGAUGGAAAAAAACAACUGUCUCCAAAAGCGGGCAAUCAAGAUACGUCUUUAAAACCGGAGGUAGAUUCCAUGAACAGAUCAUCGAUGCAAACAGACAAAGAUUUCCCUACCUUCUUCACCUCUAUGAAUGUUAGAUUUAGUGAUAUCAAGCUUUUGGAAGAUGGAGGCAUACCCACAGGAGAAUUUCUGCAAUCUUGCUAUGAAAUAGUUCCAGUCUUGGACAAACUUGGAUCCACAGUCUUUGCUCCUGUUAAAAUGGAUUUUGAAGGAAACAUCAAGAAAAUUAAUCAGAAAUACUUGACCAACAAAGAGGAAUUCAGUACACUUCAGAAACUUGUCCUCCACGAAGUGAACAAUGAAGAGGCCAAGGUUAGACACUCGGCCACAGAGGCCCUCCUGUGGCUUAGAAGGGGUUUAAAGUUUUUGAAGGCAUUUUUGACAGAACUACGGAAUGGAGAGAAGAACAUUCAAACAGCACUGAAUAAUGCUUACGGCAGAACCUUACGGCAGCACCACAGCUGGGUCGUCCGCGGCGUGUUUGCACUUGCGUUAAAGGCAUCUCCCACCUACGAAGGCUUCCUGGCUGCACUGUGUGUUGAUGGAUAUGACCCUCAGGACGAAGCUUUUUAUAAUGGAAUGCAAAGGGACCUUGAUAUCUACCUUCCAGCCAUGGAGAAACAGCUCAGCAUCUUGGACGCACUGUAUGAAGAACACGGCCUGGAGUCAGACGAAGUGGUGUGACCUCCAGCUGAAUCAGUGCCUCGCAAAUUCAGGGAUUGUGUCUGUUAACAUAGCUUCUUUUCUAGAAGGCUAUUUGUGUUUGUGUUUUUCCAUACGUGGGAAGGGACACAACGCUUCCUUCUUUUUUAUACACAUUUUUUUAAAAGUGCUUGUUUCUGUUUAAAUGCAAAGGUGCUAUGUAAUUGGAGAAGAUUGUGCCUACCUUUAGGGCAAGUCCCUGAAGCCGCACCUCGUGGCAGUCACUCUGUGGCAGGCCAGCCGGGGCACUGGCUCCAACAGCUGAUGCUACGGAGCCCAGUUCAAACCUGCAACUGCAAAACCCAGUCUGGAUUUGCCAGCCCCGUGUCCCACGCAGGUGAUUGUCCACUCAAGUCUUUCUCGUAAGUUAAGUCAUAACCAGAAAGCAGGGACUCAUGUCACAACUACCUCCCCACGCACAUGGGUGUGCACACACACUAUUACUGACUUCAUCACUACAGGCUGAAGCAGUUGCUUGGCUGUAUCUGCCACAGGUGUGCAUCUGUUUGCAGCGGCUGCAGACCAUGAUGGUGGCUGACCUCAUAAUAUAGUCAAGGUUGGGGCAGGAGCAUCCCAGGUUUCCAGUGUGGCAUUUUGAUGCUGACUCAGAAGAAUUGGCAGGCCGUGAUUGGUCCUGGAUCACCCGUUUGCAGUGCAAAUAGGUGUGUGUUGGAGGCGUUUGUACCUGUCUAUGAGGGGCUUUGCUGUGAGAUGUGUGGGAAGCUGAUGCUGGAAGAAUGCACCAGUUCACCCAAUAUUUUCCAGUGCAGAUGCUCCCUGAUGCUCAGACAGACGCAGUGCAAGUCCUCAUGCCAGCCAAGAGUGUGAGCCCCGACUGCCUCGCACCUCCUCCCCCUUGCAGGACAGUGCCGCUGGCCCUUCCCUUGGGGUGUGCAUGCCACUGUCCUCUUCCCAUCACUGCUCUGCUAGUGCUCUGGAGAGCCAUGUGGCUGGCCGAGCGCUUACAAGAACCUCUCCAGCUGCCCGGCCUCCUCUGUGGCUCCCCAUCCCUUGCCGGAGGAUUCGAAGCAGGAACCAGAGGAAGGGGGCUGAGAACAGCUGCCCAUCUCUAAGCAUCCCCACAGAGCAAAAUAAAAGGCAGGUAGCUUCCUUCCUGUGACAUGUGGCACAGUUGGAAACUGGGAUCAGGAGGCCUUUGGGAAUACUGGCUGGAAUCACGGCUUGGAAUAGCCUCGCCGGUGUUUCCAAAGUGGUGUUUUAAUGCUGAGCCAGAAGAAAGCUGGAUUUCAGAAGGCUAGUCUUGAAACGGAAUCCAUGCUAGUGGAAUGGUGACUAAUUCUUAAAACCUUGUUUAUUUAAGAGGUGUAGAAGCUUUUUUUAAAAAAAAAGUUUAAAUGUAAGCAGGAACAGAUCAGCAUUUUCUUCCCACUGCUCAUCUUUAAAAGGAUAGGAGGAUUGUUUGAUCAAAGGUGAAGAAGAACAGUCUCCAUACAGUUAGAUAUAAAAUUAACAUCUUCAUCCAAGGUGCAUAGCCAGUGUAUGAAACACACACACAUGCAGAUACGCCGAGGCUGCAGUUGUGCAGAUAUCAACUUGUGGUGCUUCUGAUCCCUUACAGACAAGCUAAUUCAGAAUUUUCCUUUUUACAUAGUUCAAAGGAAGGGGAACGUUGAAAGGAGCAGUGGCCAGUGUUUUUUAAGCUAAGGGCUACUUAUAUUGGCAUGGCCAAAAAAGCAAGAGCCAAGUCCGUGCUGCCGUCUUUCUCACUCCCAUGUCAGCAAGUGGCCACUGCAGCCUCUGCUUUGAAGCUUCUCCUCCCUCCUGCUGCUGCUUCAUAUUCUCCCUACGUAGAGAGUACCAUGUGGGAGGGCCUGGGAACCAUGUGAUGCAUCUGGGGAAUGUGGCGGCCUGUCGGAAAAUUGUUGUGUAGGAGAAGGCUCUCCAGAGAGUUGGGGGCUCUGCGGAAACGACCCGGAAGUGUACUCGGAGGCAAUAUACGAGGAGAUUAUUUGUGUGGUUGCUCAGCUAGGUUCUUGGAUCCCUGCAGAAGGAGGAGGCAUGGCAGGCUACGUCACAUGGUGGUGGUUACAGCUGCCAUACAAUAAGCUUACAAGAACCCACUCUUACGGUGAUGGGCAUAAGAUGCCAAACCCAAGAGGUGUCUGGGUGUCCUGUGCAGAGUGAGAGGGUGGCGGAGGCAUCGUUGCCUUUCCGUCCUCCAGCCCUGUGUUUUAGUUAGAUGGCCUUGAGCAAGGGCAUCUCAGAGUGGGAGGGAAGGAGGCUGAAGAGGCUUCAGGAUACUUCAUAUCCUAGUCUCCCGUCUCCUUUCCUCCCCUAAAAUCCACCCCCCAAGUUCACUUUCCCAAGCUCAGAGAGCAGCUGGCACAAUUCUUCCUGUGUUAGAUGCAUGGGGCUGAGAGAACAGAGAUGUGGUCUCAGAUUUGGGAACCUGGACUCUCCUAUAGGUGCUUGGACAAUGUCUAGGGGCCCUGGGAUUGCUCUCUCUCUAGCUGUGUUAGGUCCCCCAGCCAUCUGAAUCUAUCUGAGAGCUUAAGCACAAGUUACUUGGAGUUGUUCUAAGCAAUGCCAGGCUUUUUGCUUUCUUUUAGUGUUCAAAGCUGUGGGAUGGGGAAAAUGGGGACAGGAGAGCAUGCAGAGAGGACGUCUAACUCUUUGGUCCUCUGCAGAAAAUAUCUCUUUCUGCAAAUAGCAAGAGUGAAAACAUGAAAGUAAUUGUGAAAAAAGUAGCAAUCCCAGCAAAAAGGUACAGGAAACAGUAAAAAAAGUAAUGCCAAACAGUAAAUAAAAAUGUUUUUAUGAUAGUGCCAUGUUUACUUACUUCUUUUCAGGAUUGCAGCAGGGGAAGGGACUCCAGAUUGGCCCUUCUAGUGCUUGGUUUAAUUUCUUUUGCACCCUGAUGUCGCUUUAAACAAUGCUUUGAAGUAAUGUUUGGUUAGGCCUUCAGCAUUAAGCAUGGUUCCACAUGCAUCCUACAUAGGACCAAUCUGUACAGGCAUUCAUAUUCCAGACCUCUCCUGAGUUCUCCCCCCCACCCCCCCAGGAGAAAUAUGGCUGAGUAACCAUAAAGAGAAACAUCCCAAAACUGAAUUCCUGCACAAGAUACCCUUUUUAAAAUUGUUUGAUAGAUCCAUAUUAUACUUGAAGCAUGUUUCUGGGUUUCCGUUGCCUUUAGAAUAGAAUUUUAGGAGCACUGCCUUAGGGAAAAAAACCUCUAAAAUUCUAGAAUGCAGUGGGUGUCUGAAUAUAGAUGUCAAAUUAUCUGUUUGGACAAUGAAUGGCCAAUCUGGAAUCUGGAAAUUUCAGAAAAAUUAUCCUGUUAACAAGGCAAAAGUGCUCCGAUUCAUAAACCUGUUUUCAGCUAUUGCCAUGAAAGUCAACAGAAUUGUUUCAAACACAGUCAUAUUUUACCAAACUGCAACUGGUACUAUUUAUCUAUUCAGAGCAUUUAUACUCUGCCAUAUGAAUCAAUCGGCUUUUAACUCAUUCGUUGCAACAAUGUUCAGACAAUAUAUUCUGUGAACUGUGAGUGCUCACCCUAUCCUUAUACCUAUCUACUCUCCUGAAUAGUUUCUGAGAAAUGUUUUUGCCUUUUUACUAUGAAGAAAUCUCCUCCAUGAAAUGGGAUGGGGCAUUACAUUUAUCUUUUGAAUGUAUAGCACCUUAAUUUCCAGGCACUUUAUACAUAUUUUUCUUAUCAGCAAUCUCAAUGGGGAACUUUCCCACUUGUAACCUCUUUAUAUGUUAAUGCCCUCAGCAGCAAAGCAGUAACUUAAAUAGAAAAGAAUGGAAGACUUAGACCCUCACGGUGCAAUCCUAUAAUGUCUACUCAGAAGUAAGCCCCUUUGAGUUCUGUUCAACUUGCUUCCAGGUCUAUAUGGUUGCAGUCUAAAUUUACUUCAGGCUUUGAUUGGUAUUAUAGAAAGGUCGCAGCAUUUGAGCUGGAGUAGGAGGCAAUGUUUAAAAUCCCUUUUACCAUUCCAAAGUGACCAUCCAAGAUGGAGGAUCACUGCUCUCGGCUCUGUAGUUCUUUGCUUGGAGCCCAGUUCACAUAAGCAGAUUCCACAGACAGAUCUGCUGAGCCAUGUGUUGGGGAACAUGGACUUCUAUGGCAGAACUACCACCAUGACUAUCAGUCCCAAAGCUUUGCUGCUAGGAGAAGAGGCUGCUGGUCUUUUUUUUCCCCCUUCCUUUCCACCCCACCCAUUCUGGUUAAUCCACAAAAAGGACCUACAUUAGACGGCUGGUAUAAUCAAGGUCUCCAUUUUAGGCUAGAGCUGGAGACUGUAUCACUGACACUCCCGCAGUCAGUAUUGUAGUCCAAAACAUCUGUAGGGACACAAGUUGGCCACCUCUGGCUUAAGCUGACAAUUGUCCGUUGUCUGGUAAUUGACACUUGCAUCAACUACUUUAAAAAACACUUUUCCAUUUUUUUCACAGACCCUGAUUGUUUGCCAUUUCAUUGGGUUUGUUCCUUGUGCAGAAAAGUCUUCCUCGCUUGCUGAAUGGCUGGUUGUUUUCUCAUAUGGUAAAACUUCUCUGUUAAAUGAAGGAUUCUGGCAACCUUUCACAAAAUACAGUCACUUUUUGAGAAACUGUGCUUUUAUGCUAUGGAAUGCUGGCUUUUAUAGUCACCGUGCUUCUAUCAAGUGAUGGUAAAGCUUAGCAUGGAUGACAUGGGGGAUACAGAAUCCAUUAUGUGGGGAUAGUAAACAAGGCCCCAAACCUAUCUGCCCAGUUAUGGAAACAGCUGGGUGUUUUGGCGCCAUGCUACAUGAAUAUUCCACAGCAUAGUAAGCCAAAGUGCUUGACUUAGAAGAAGGCCACGCACACCUUUCAACUCGACAAGGCAUUUCGUGUUGACAGCUGAUAACAUCUUUCAUUGCCAGAGCGUGAUGUGACUUUUGUAAACCUGGCUGCUCCAUGACACCAUGGUACAUUCCCAUCACAUGAUUCAUUUUUCAAGGCUGGCAAGUUAUAUUCUCAGGGAUUUGAGCAGCAAGGCAAAAAUCCUGUAGUUUUCAAUGUAAAGAGAAGCUGAUUGCUCUUUUAAAUACGUUGUAGUUUCGUGUCAACCUUUUGUGAACUGUACUUCUAUUCUAAGCAGGCUGUUCAGCACAUUCUGUGUGAGACUGAAGAAUCCACAAGGAAUCGGACAGCUUGUGCUGUACUGUAUGAACUGCUGUUGGUAUGUUUCAGCUUGUAAACUGUAUCUUUGUAAUGUAGCUUAUGACUGUUGGAUUUGAUUGAAGAACCAAAUUUUUAUUUGAGGCUUUCUGUUCCCCUCCCUCAGAGGUACUAUGUAUUACAUUGUUUUGGUAUUUUGUAAUAUUCCUUUGUUUUAAAAUCGUUAAUUACAAAAAGCAGUUUGAAAGCAUGGCUGCAUGUUGUCAUAUUCUAAAAAGCUGCAAGUUUUAAUGUUAGAAAUACUAAUGGUUACCAGAUACGUUUGAGGAUCUUGAAGUUACAGAAGGAUCCAUAAUUUAAAACGAUUAUUACUUUUUAAAGACAAAUAGGGCAUCAUGGUAAAAGUCAUAGCAGGAAAAUUGCACCCAUAUUAUUUUUUUUUAUUAUUUCCACCCUUCCCACUUCAUUGAUCAUAUUGCAUGGCUUGAAAAUGAUCAGUACUUCUUUUGAAAGCGGUCAGCACUUUGUCAGCAACGGAGCAUUUCGGCACAAUCCCAGUCAAGUCUCCCAUUGACCACAAUGGCAUGUUGACUGCAAUUAACUGUUAACAAUAAAUCUUUUGAUUUUUAUUGUCUUAA